AUGCCUUUAGCACCAUUAGCAGAUCCGUGGAAGCGCAUGGAAACUUCCAACGAAGUAGAGGUAAUUCUGAAUAAUGAAUCAGAUAUUGAAGUAGAUAUUACAAAUUGUUGUAAGUUUAAAGCCCAGCCAUCAGAUUUUGAAUUAUUAAAGGUACUUGGUCAAGGAUCCUUUGGCAAGGUUUUCCUUGUAAGAAAAAUUAAUGGUGAUGACAAUGGAACACUGUAUGCUAUGAAGGUAUUGAAAAAGGCCACAUUAAAGGUACAAGACAGAAAGCGUACUAAAAUGGAACGAGAUAUUUUAGCUGAUGUCAGCCAUCCUUUUAUAGUUGAGUUACAUUAUGCUUUUCAAACAGAAGGCAAAUUAUAUUUAAUAUUAGAAUUUCUACGAGGUGGUGAUCUCUUUACCAGAUUAUCAAAGGAGGUAAUGUUCACAGAAGAAGAUGUCAAGUUUUAUUUAGCUGAAUUAGCAUUAGCUUUAGACCAUCUACAUAGUCUUGGUAUUAUAUAUAGAGAUCUUAAACCUGAAAAUAUAUUAUUAGAUGCAGAAGGCCAUAUCAAACUUACAGACUUUGGUUUAAGUAAAGAGUCUAUAUUUGAAGAGAAGAAGACCUAUUCUUUCUGUGGUACUGUAGAAUACAUGGCACCGGAAGUUGUUAAUAGAAAAGGUCAUUUUACUGCUGCUGAUUGGUGGUCCUAUGGAAUAUUAAUGUUUGAAAUGUUAACUGGUGCUCUCCCCUUUCAAGGAAAUAACAGAAAAGAAACAAUGACACAGAUAUUAAAAGCUAAAUUAGGAAUGCCUCCAUUUUUAACUCCAGAAGCCCAGAGUCUACUAAGAGCUUUAUUUAAAAGAAAUCCUGCCAAUAGAUUGGGUUCGGGUCCAAAUGGAAUAGAAGACAUUAAAAACCACCCAUUUUUUGCUUCCAUUGAUUGGGUGAAAUUAAAGAAGCGUUCUCUUUCACCACCAUUUAAACCAGCUGUUGUGUUGUCUGAUGAAGUCUUCUAUUUUGAUACAGAGUUCACAAUGAGAACUCCUAAAGAUUCACCUGGUAUACCUGCUAGUGCCACAGCUCAUGAACUAUUUAAAGGAUUUAGUUUUAUUGCACCAGCUUUAUUAGGUGAAACAGAAAAACCUGUUGACCCACUAGAUAACCAAAUUAGUUUAGCUAAGUUACCAGGAGUUAAAACGAUACCCUUUAAUGAUGAAUAUGAUUUAAAAGAAGAUAUUGGUAUAGGAUCUUAUUCUGUUUGUAAGAGAUGUGUUCACAAGAGCUCAGGAAUCAGUUAUGCAGUCAAGAUCAUGGACAAAGAUAAGAGAGAUCCAUCAGAAGAAAUAGAAAUUUUAUUAAGAUUUGGUCAUCAUUCAAACAUAAUCACUCUACGAGAUGUAUUUGAUAAUGGUAACAAAGUAUAUAUGGUAACAGAAUUAAUGAAAGGGGGAGAAUUAUUAGAUAAAAUAUUACGCCAGAAAUUUUUUUCUGAAAGAGAAGCCAGUGCAGUCUUACAAGUUGUAGCUAAAACUGUUGAAUAUCUUCACUCUAAUGGAGUCGUUCAUCGAGAUUUAAAACCUUCCAACAUAUUAUAUGCUGAUGAUUCUGGAUCUCCUGAAAGUUUACGCAUUUGUGAUUUUGGUUUUGCUAAACAAUUACGUGCUGAGAAUGGUUUAUUAAUGACACCAUGUUACACUGCAAAUUUUGUGGCGCCAGAGGUGUUAAAAAGACAAGGCUAUGAUGCUGCAGUAGAUUUAUGGAGUUUAGGAGUAUUAUUAUAUACUAUGUUAGCUGGACAUACGCCAUUUGCUAAUGGUCCAAAUGACACACCCAAUGAUAUUUUAGCUCGUAUUGGGCAAGGUAAAUUCUCUCUCAGUGGUGGAAAUUGGGAUUCUGUUUCUCAACCAGCUAAAGACUUAGUUCAACGUAUGUUACAUUUAGAUCCCAGUAAUAGAAUAACAGCCACACAAGUUUUAAAUCAUCCAUGGAUAGCCCAACGUGAUUCACUACCCCAUUUACGUCUCUCUUUACAAGAUGCACAUUUAGUCAAGGGGGCUAUGGCAGCAACAUUUAAUGCAUUGAAUGGUAAUACCAAAUUACGCCCAGUGCUAGACCCAGUGGGGGCUUCCAGUCUAGCCCAGCGAAGGGGAAAAAACAAACCGAAGAGUUCCACUGCUGUUUGAUAGACUAAAGAAUCUUGGCCUUUAUUAAAUUAUAUACAAGUAACGAUAUGUAUGUACAUAGAUAUAUACUGAAAUAAACCUAACCCAACAAAAAGCAUCGAGAAUUCUGAUGCAAAUUUCAGAGAAGACAGAUUUUUUUUGUGAUUUUUAUUUUUUGUAUUUGUUAAAUGCUGGGCAUUUGAAAAGUUUAGAAGACAUUAAGAUUUUUGAUAUAUUUUUUUGUAGGGCAAUAUACCAUCCUGGUAAUAUAUACGCUAAAAUAUAUAAUGCAUUUCCUACCAUAAUAAGAUAAGAUAUUUUUGUCAUAAUUAAUUGAAAUGCAUUAAGAGCAUAGAAUGUAUGGUCACAGCAAGAGGCGAUCAAAAUCAUAUCUGAAUUAUCAUUUAAAAGAAAUAAAUGCAUUAAAUUGUCAACUAUGGAAUGUUGAUGUUUCUUUUAAAAGCAAUCAGAAAGUUCCAAGCAUUAACCUACUUGGGUAUUAAAACAAUGUACUUUUUGGUGUGUUUUUGAAGAAAAUCUGUUAAUGUACAUGUACAUUUAAGAAUAAAAGGAAUUAAAAGUGAUUGUAUUAUACUCUUUCUUGAAGGUAUUUAACAGGGAGACAACUCUCUUGCCUUGCGAUAGAAAAUAGAUCCAUGUAUUUAAUAUAUUGAUAGUUUUCCAUUAUUAAAUGUUAUUUUUACUUAGUUUAUGUCUGUUAAAAUUGUGCUUUUCAUUCAUAUAUUAUGUAGAUGUAUUUUAUUUUAUAACAAAUUUGUUCAAUAUAAGAAUUUAAUAACCUUGUUCAAGUUGCUAAAUUUUGCUAUAUUUCUAUCUUUGUUUAAUCCUUAUAUUUAUACCAAAGUUUUCAUUUUAUUGUAGUUACAGAAUUAGUGCUAGUUUUUUGUUAACAAAUUUUGAUAUUUAUUUUACAUUUAUUUCUCAGGCUAGGUGAAGGGGAACUCUAGCAAAAUGAAACCACAAAAUUCCACAAAAAGAUAAAAAGCAUUGUCAUUAUAUAGGGUUGGAUUUAUCUCUUGAGGACAAUAGACAAAUUUAUAUUUAAAAUAAGAUCAUUAGAAAAGCAAAAGAGAUCAUCUAUUUAUGGCUUAUUAGAGAACUGAAUAUUUUUCCUCUGAUAAAGAACCAUCUGCAUUAGAGUAUUUUUGCCUAGUUGAAUAUAAAUAACGUGUUCUUACAGAAUGUGGUUACAUUUUGCUUCCAACAUUUUUUGGUCAUGUGUUAGGUGUUAUAGCUUUGAAUUCUUGUGCUUUUUGAAAAUUUACUGCCCGAUACGGGCAUUAUAUUUACAAUAGAAAGAAUACAUUGCCUUCAGGGCUUUUUUUGUGCUUUUGUAGUUUUUCAAAUUUUGAUUUGGCUUGAUAAUCUAUUUAAAUACAAAUUUGACCAUCUCUAGCUUUUUCCAAUUUUAUUUAGGCUGUUUCUAUAUAAAUCUAAGAAUACUAAGAACUUCAUUGUUUCAAUAAUUUCUAUUUGAUUACAAGAAUUUUUGUAUCUGAAAAUGGUC